AUGUCGCUCUCCGUGCUGCAGCCUAGCCAGCAGAAGCUGGCGGAGAAGCUCACCAUCCUCAACGACCGGGUCGUCGGCAUGGUCACACGCCUCUACAACAUCAAGCAGGUGCGCACGGGCCGGCGGGCGCGGCGGGCAGGCAGAGGCGGGAGGAAGGGCCGGGGAGGCCUGGGCCCUGGGGGCAGCGGGCGGCGCCCGGGGCGGAAAGCGUGGCCUCGCGGCGGCAGGCCCGCCCAAGAUCGCCGGGAUGCGCCGGAGCCUAAUGCGGAGCCCUGGCGUCUCUCCCGCCGGGUCGCGGCCCAGCCAGGGGCGGAGAGGAGCCAUUUGCCCGCUCCCAGCAAUGGGAACUGGCCGGCCCGGCGCGGGUUCUUUUGGUAUGUAAGUGGGAGCGUGAGAAGAGAAUGGUUCAUCUGGAUGAACCCUACAUCUCCUCCACUUGGCCUUUUUAUUCUGGAUCGCCAAGUAAAAGCCAUUGAAGAGUGUGUUGACGAUUUGGAAUUAUUUCAUUUUGAAGGUGGAAAGGAGGUGGGAGUGAGGGAGGCGAGCGCCGCCAAUGCGCCUGGCGCCUCGCAGGCCUUCGGGGCUCCGCCAGCCCCUCGCAACCCGCCACACUUGCAAGGAAACCCAGGCCCCCAGGCUAGCGCCCCUGGGCGUGCCGUGCAUUGUCAUAACAACCGGGCGCCAGCCGCAGAGGCCGCCGGGGAGGAAGUGACGAGCGGUUGGCUGGCUGUUGUUGGGACACGUGACCCGGGCAGUGUUUUGACAGGGCAAACGGCCGAGAAAGAACUGGGCGAGCGAGGGGGCCGGGGAGCUGGGGCGCCAGAGCUAGAGACAGCGGGCGGGCGAGGAGCUGGCAGAGGCGCUGGGCGAGCGGGCCGGCCGGGUCGACAAGCGGCCAAGGCCCGAGGGCCGCGGGGCUCGGGUGCGAGUAGGACAGAAAGAGGGGCUGAGCGUCGGGAGUGGAGCGAGGCGGCGCCCAAGGCGGGGGUGGAAGGCCACAGGGGUGCCGGGGAGCCGCGUCAGGCUUGUAGUCUCGGGCCCCCAUGGUCCCCUAGCGCAGCCUCGGGGGCCGCUGCGCGCCACACUCUGCUUUCGCCGGCCCUGCGCCUCUCGGAGCCUCACGUCUGA